CUGCAUGCAAGGGAAAAAAACGGCCACGUCCUGUCCUCGGCGUCUUGGUCGGCGUCACUCAGGGCAGAGAGGAAUCAGACUAGACAAAAGUCGGGCGCGGUGCGGCGGUGCGGUGCAGCGCAUAACCCCAACGUACCCGCUGCAGCCGCGCUGAAUCUUGAAACAAAGCAGACAAAAACAAAUACGGCCAGGCCUGGUGUCGUAAGCAGCCAGCAUCGCGCGCGCGGAGAAGGAGCCAAUGCUUAGCCGCUGCCGCGCACCGCCCUUCUCGGCACUGCAAGGUUGUUUGGUUGGUGGUCCACCAGCCCGACCUUGAUUUUCCCGCUUUACCCUUGAUACAUAUAUUCCGUACCCCCUCUGGCCCUCCCCCGGGUCGGACCUCGCAGCCGUGAACUGGUCUUGAAACCAAGUUCGGACGACGAGACAAAGAGAGGGACAAGGAAAGCAAGCAUAGCCGCCGCCCGUCUCUGGCUUGUAGUCUCAACGGCCCCCUCUUCCCUGUUCGCCCGCUGAUCGAGCCGCUGCCGAGCCGCCUCCCGUGGUGCGUCUUGCGAAUCGUUCCGCUCCUGGUAGGGGCCAGGGAGGGAAUGGUUGACGGGGACAACGACAAACACGCCGCGGCCUAGAACACGACCAGCCAGCGAGACGAAGGAAUCGCCGGCGCCGACGACGACAAACGGACAUGUUUCAAGUUGCAGCGCCCGAGCCGGAUCGACUGUUCCGGAGCGAGCCGCACCCACAGCGCCCGAAUCAGCCAAACCACCUGAGCCAAAACCAAAGCCAGCGCCACCAGACAGCCCCCGAAUCGUCGGUAGCGGGGGGGCCCCGAACGAGGGGCUCACUGCCGCCGCCAACGCUUCACGGGGGCCACGAUAGUCACGAGGACUCGAUCCGGAAGGGCUUGUACGCUGCCCUGGCUCAGGCCACCCACCAGCGGGACCAUGGCGCCCCUUCCGCCUCGGCCACCGCCGCCGCCGCCGCGGUCGCCAUCACCGGUGUCGGCGCCAGACCCCUGGGAGGGCCUCCUGCCGUCGACCAGUCCGCCGAGCUGUAUUUCAGCUUGCGGGGAAAGCCCACAGUGAUGGCGCCGUCCGUGACGCGAUUGGCCGCGUCAGAUGGGGACAUACGGCCUAGGAUCCGUCACCAAAAACACCUUUCUGGCUCGGCUUCCUUCCCCUCAACUCCCGUCGAGAAAAAUGAGGCCCUCUUGAGACCUCCGCCACGGCCUCUUCGCACCCACACGCGCGCGCCUACCGUCCAGGACGUCAUGUCUUAUCCCGCUGCCGUCCAGGUCAUGCCAGCCGCGCAAUAUGACCCUUACCGCCCUCCAAACGACUACUACCCCACUGCCGGUCACUAUGCCCAUGCCACUGACCGGUCCGUGGAGCAGUCGGCUGAGGAGUUUGUGAUGAGGACGGAACGGUCAAUCGCGAGGGCCAGGGCUAUGCAGCAGCAGCAGCAGCAGCAGCAGCAGCAGCCGUAUAGGGAUCAGGAGCUGCAGGGAAGGGCGCAGCAGUCUUAUGAGCCAGCUCAGCAGCAGCAGCAGCAACGACAAGACCACCAGCAGUACCAUCAACGCCAUCGAGAGCAGCAGGGGCAGAGGCAGCAGCAAUAUCAACAACAAGAUUUCCAACGCCACCAACAAGAGGCAUACAGGCAACAGCAUGGGUAUGCGCAUCCGGGGUAUUUACAACAGGGCCAGGACCAGGGCCAGGGCCAGUGGUACCCCCAGCAGGAAUAUCCACAGCAGGAGUCUGGUCAAUGGGACCAACAUGAUAGCCAACCGGAGUAUGCGCAGCAGGAGCAGAGCCAUACGUGCCGCCGCCCUCGGAAUCAUGACUACACACAGCAUGGACAUUGGCCACGAGAACAGCACCAACAGGGUGUGUCCCACGAACUGGCGGAGCAGCGCCACCCGAGUCGGGAGCAAGACCGGUACCAACCGAACUUGCAGAGUCAGCGCGGGCCGCAACCAAUGCAGCAGCAUCAGGAGCAUUCAAGUCGACACAACCCCACUUAUCAGCACCAGAGCCACCAAGGGCACCAAGGGCACCAGUACCACCAACACCAGCAGCAGCAGCAAACGCAGCAAUACCAACACCCGCAGCCGCAGCCUCAGCCUCAGCCUCAGCAGCACGAGCAACAGCGGACGGCACCGCAGCAAAGGGACCGGACAGAGCAGCCGCAGCAGCCGCAGCAGCCUCAACAGCCGCCGCAGCCUCAACAGCCUCAACAGCAACCGCAAAAGCAACCGCAGCAGCAGCAGCAGCACAACCACCACAACCACAACCACAAACAACCACAAGUACCACCGCCACAGCCUCAGCAGCAGCAGCGACCAAAUCCUGCCAUUGCCCCCGCGACUGCCCUCCAAACACCAGUAUCCGAGGCACGAACGAUGCCUGAACGUCUCCCCGAUGGCCCGCCUCGUCCGCUGGUGUAUAACACUCCCCGGCGGAUAUCCAGCGCCAGUAGCGUGACCAUAUCAUCGGCGGCAACAACUCCCUCGCGCGAGAGCUUCGAGUCACGGAUGCGGAGCCCCAGCUGGGGCAGCCAGACCUCUCUCGAGUCGUUCUAUUCGGCACACUCUGCCGCGCAGAACCCUCAAUCCGGCUGGACUCCGGGCUUCGGGUGGCAGCGGCCGCCGCCCAUCAAGGCGCGCCGGAAAGCGCGACCUGGCGAGCACUUCUCGGCUCUGCCUGGCGAGGUGCUGGAGAUGAUCUUGGACGAGGUUAAAAAGCUUCAUCUGGCCCCUGGGUCUAUGAGCUGCGCGACCUGCUGGAUGAGGGACGCCUGUUCCGUGGCCCUGAGCUCGAGGAAGUGGCUGAAAUAUGCUAGGACCGCUUUAUACGAGGAUGUGCUGCUAGUCGGACCAGACUCGGCUGUGCACAAAAAGAAGUACAAGGGUGUCACUGGGACGCGCCUUGUGCUCUUGCGGCGGUCUCUGCGCGCGAAUCCCAUUCUCGCUGCCACGGUGCGGUCGCUCAAGGUACCGGCAACGCCGCCGAGCGUUUCGGCAGAAGAGUACCAGAACAUCGUAGCCACCGUGGUCAUGGCCUGCCCAAAUCUGGAGAGGGUGGUUGGGUUUUACCCAAGCUACGACCACUCGCACGGCCGGUUUUUCCAGGCGCUGUCGUCGCGCCAGCGGCUCAAGGACAUGGUGUGGCUCGUCCAGCCAUCCCCGUUCCAGCGGCAGCAGCGAAUGCGACGGCCGACGGACGAGCAAGGGGCCGUGGUGAGCCAGCGGAGCCUCAUCACGCCAGGAGACCUCCAGCCGCAGCAGGGAAUCAACUGGCUGGAGAGCCACUCCAACUGGCGCUAUCUCACCAGUCUCACUGUUCACUGCAACGCCGGCGCGACACUCACUCCCGACACGCUGCUGGUCGACACCCUAGCUCGCCUCCCCGCGCUUCGGACGUUGAAUCUCUCGCACCUCCCGCACAACGCCUUCGGCGACGCUGCGCUCCUGUCACUGCCACCGCUAAAGAAGCUAUCCAUGUUCCAUUUGUCGGGUAUCUCGUCCGCCGGGCUUUCGGCGUUUGCUACCCGGCGGGAAAGCCGAUCGCUAGAGUCUUUGACGCUCGUCCACAUCGACAUGGAGUCUCUCCCGGCGCUUGCUAGGGCGCUGUCGAACCUCACGUCGCUUGAGAGCCUCUCGCUGGUUCAGUCGUUUGCACCCGUGCUCCCCGCCGACGAGUUCAUCUGGCUCUUCCCCUAUCUCGCUUCUGCGUCGCUGAAGAAGCUGCAUUGGGACGUGACAUCGGCCGUCACGCAGGCCAGCGCGACGGAUUCGAUUCUGGCGAGGAGCAUCGCGGCCAACGGCUUCCCAUCGCUUCGCCGUCUUCGGGCCCCUGCGGACCCAGAAGGCGUCUUCCAGUCGCUCUGCAAGCCUCAGGAGAAUGUUAACCUGCCCCUUGAUCGCUACCGACACCCGAACCAGAGGCCCGAUCACUCCCGAGCCGCGAGCGCGGCAAGCUCGCAGCCGUCAUCCGACACGGGCUCCAGGCCCGGAGGCGGCUUCACGCCCACGCCCACCAGCCCCCAUUUUCCCGCCGAUUCCGGCAUCUUGAUGGCGGCUGGGGCUCCCAGGCCCAGCAGCAAUCUGCAUCAUGCGCGGCUCGCGGCGCAGGCCAGACUCGAAGCAGCAAGGCAGCAUCACAAAUUCCUCGUCAAAGUGACGGACGAGGACGGCUCCCUGGUGGAGCAAUUCGGGCUCGGCGCUUUUAUGGGAGAUGCGGCGUCCAAGAUCGCGUACCAUCUGCUCCCGGACCCUGGCGCGCUUGACGAGAAGGGCGGCCUGGUGGACGUGGCCGACCUCGUCAACGAAUGCGGAGAGGACCUGACGGGUGCAACCAGUGCCGCCGCCUUGGCCGUCGAGGGCCGAGAGGCGCCGGUGGCGCUCAGCAAGAAAGAGAAGGAGAAGCUACAGCGGGAGAAGUCCAAGGCGGGCGACGAUUCCAAGGCCCGGGAGGGCUGUCAAGGGCGGUGGAACACGUUCAGCGGCGCCGUCAUCGACAAGAAGGAUAAGGAGCGCUGGUUCCACACGGAAAGAGGCCGGUGGAGGGGAGUGACACUCUCGUGAGACGCCACCGUUUCACUCGGCCUGAUGGUGACGGGUCGGUGGUGCAUGACAGACUCGAGGCUGCGCCGCACUGUAAUUAUUGUUUUUCACAAGCGCCUGCAUCCCACAGGACUCUUACGAAGCGACAUGAUGGACGGGAUUUGGAUCGUGGGCAUUUGGAUGUCACUGCCUCUUUCCUGGAUCCCUUUUUCUUUUUGUUUAUCGGUCAUGGACGACUACGUGUAUAUAAUGAAUGACCACUUUUCUACGUAUGUAAAUAUGAAAUAUGACUAGCGGUUGCAAAUGAGGAAGUUUCGACCAUCUGAAUCAGUUUUCGG